GGCACGAGGCCUUAUUUGCCCUCGAGUCUGUCGUCUGCCCGUCGCCGUUCAACUCCGUGGUUCAACAGCUAAGUAAACUUUGACUUGCAGGAAAGGGCGAAAUUACAAUAUUGAAGAACCUAUCAUCUUAGGAAAAAUUCAGAUCCAUACUCCUAAUGAGGUCUAGCUAUGGUUGGUUAUGAUGAAAACGCUUCCAAACGCCUCAGAGACUCUGAAUACGCUGUGGCUGGUGCAACAUCCGGUGGUUUGACAAGAGCUGUAAGCCAGCCCCUUGAUGUUAUCAAAAUUCGCUUUCAGCUGCAGGUUGAGCCCUUGAAAAAAGAUGCAAAUGCUAAGUACUGGAGCGUGUCUCAAGCAUUGCGAAGAAUAAUCCGCGAGGAAGGUGUUACUGCCUUGUGGAAGGGACAUGUACCUGCUCAAGUUCUAUCUAUACUGUACGGUGUGGCUCAGGCAACAUGUUUCGAAGUACUCACCAGAGAAGUGUGGAACAUCGCUCCAGAAUGGAGAAGCAGUCAUCAGAGACCUAUAGUGCACUUUGUUUGUGGUGGUGCUGCAGGAAUAUUCGCCGCUGUUGUUUCAUUUCCGUUUGACGUGGUUCGGACAAGAUUAGUUGCCCAAGGCAAAUUGAAGGUUUAUUCAAGUACCAGUCAUGCUGUCAGAGAGAUUCUUAAGAAAGAGGGCCAGAGAGGAUUGUUUAGAGGUUUAGCUCCAGUUUUAAUUCAGAUGGCUCCUCAUUCUGGAAUACAGUUUGCUACUUACACGGCACUUAUGAAGCUCACAUCAUCAAAAGAAGAAGAAAAGCCUGCUGUUGAGCGUAGCUUAAUUAUAGGAGCACUUGCAGGAGCAGUGUCUAAGUCUGCUGUGUAUCCCUUGGACUUGGCCAAGAAGAGACUGCAGGUGAUUGGUUUUGAGGCCGCCCGUCUUGAUUUUGGACAGACUUUCUCCACAUCAGGACUUUUCCAUUGCAUUAGGAAAAUUGUUAAGACUGAAGGGAUUUUAGCCCUUUAUAAAGGGUUGUGGCCUAGUACUAUCAAAGCUGGAGUGGUAUCAGCACUGUAUUUCACAUUUUAUGAGAAUACUUGUGCAUUGAUGCUUAGACUUAAGUAAAUUAUUCUAGUAAGAUAAAUUAUUUUUUCAUUGAGGUCUAGUCAAGUGGUAUACACAUUUAAUAAAAGUGAUCUGUUAA